UCCACGCUUUCCCUCCUCUCCUAAAAAUGGAUUCGCCCUCGCUACGACGUAACUUCCCGUGCGUCACACGACGCGGCGCUACUUCCGAUGUCUGCUUGCUGGAUUUUUAGCGCUUUGUGUCGUCUACGCUGACGUUCCCUCCAGCCGUGUAUGUGGUCGCGAAAGGAAACAGAAGAAAGGACGUGAACCUUCGCUCAUUUGAGCCGCCAUCAGUGGUGAUUGGAGCGACAAGCCCGAGCCGUAUCGGAAAUACGCGAGACCGCCGUCGCCAUGAGCCACCCGGUCGGCCUGUCGUGUGUGUGUGACGGCCUCGCGUACGUUCUAACUGCGUCCACAUCCGUCAUCGCGUCGCCGAGAUGCUACCGCUAGAUCACUGUUCGUGAAUCCUGUGAACGCUGCGAGGGGACUCUCGCAAACGGCAUUUCCAAUGAAGAUGCCUUUCCAGGGUUUCGCGGGGACGAACUUCACGUACUUCUCUUUGCAGAAGGAAACGCCAUCGGCACAACUGCUGCAUUUGGCAGCGCUCCAGGGCAACUUGCCGCUCCUGGUUAGCGUGCUUGACAGCGGCAAAGUGUACGUCGACUGCAAGGAUCAGGAAGGAACUACUGCCUUGAUUCUGGCGUGCGCAAACAACAACUAUGACUGUGCCAAAGAGCUGCUCGAGCAGGGAGCCAACCCAGCAGCCAAGCGAGUUACUGGAACCACUGCUUUGUUCUUUGCCGCACAAGGGGGCUACUUGGACAUUGUCAAGUUGCUCCUUGAACACAACGCCCCAGUAGAUGCUGCUAGCGUGGAUGGUGGCACACCGCUCCUUGUUGCCUGUCAAUGCAAUCACCUCGACGUUGUUGAAGAGCUAGUCAAAGCUGGAGCAAGUAUUCACACACAAAUGUCGGAUCGUGCCACACCACUUUUUGUUGCUGCUCAGAAUGGACAUUUGAAGCUUGUUUCCCAUCUCAUCUCCCUUGGUGCCGACAUCAACGUUAAACGGACGGAUGGGGCCACCGCAUUGUGGAUUGCCUCCCAGAUGGGUCACACCGCAGUGGUUGCCGAACUGCUUGCACAUGGUGCCGAGGUUGAUUCCACGCGGCAUGAUGGUGCGACACCACUUUUCAAGGCGGCGCACAAAGGUUACACUGGCCUUGUCGAGCUUCUUGUCAAGCGCGGUGCUUCGCUAGGCCUUCUGAAGAAUGGUGAAAGUGCCCUUCACGCUGCAGCGCUUUUUGACCACCUAAGUGUGAUCAAACUGCUUUUAGCUGCAGGAGCAGACCCGCAGUUGAGAAACCAGGAUGGCAUGACUCCACUCGACCUCGCUCACGAGGCUUCCAACACCCAGAUCGUCGACUAUCUGAGGCAGCACAUCGCAGCGCGUCGCCUUCCAGACUCAACGCGCGCCUCCUGACGCGGUCUCGUGCCCAGGCUGGAAUGAAAACCCUAGAGAACUAUGCCACAGGCCCAUCUAUUUUGCCAUCGUGUUCGUCUGGCAAAGACCUUUGCAGCUCGUGGGCGGUGGGCUGCCUCAAUACAGUCACGUUGUGUUGCUUGUACCAGUGGCACACUUGUACAUCUUCCCAUGCUGAAGCAUCAAUGCACUUUGAAAUCAAAGCUGUCAAUGAAGAAUUGAGAAGUUGGCAUGGUGGUCAUGUAGUAGCUCGUGAAGGAGCUCGUGAAGUGAGGUUUGCCUUCUGCUACGUUUAAGGUUGUUCUCUCUAGCAAGCUGAAACUGGAAAGCUGGACCCACACGGCAGACCGGACUGCUAGCCGAUUGGUCACAAUGAUGUGAAUGUGACACGCAGCAUCCAUUCGGCUGACCAAAAAUGGCAGACGGCAGAGCAUAUCUACAGAGAUGUUCUCAUGUUGUACAUGACAAAACGGCAUUCAUUUGAGCUCAGACAAUACUGAGCAUGUAGUGUUUUACAUGUUGCUCCAAGAUUGCUCCAAGUUGCUCCAAGACCACUGUGUUCCAAGCACGGUGGUCGUAUAUUGUUCUUCGUUAUGUGUAAUUUCAGCAUCAUACAUCACUGUUUAUUUGUUAACUGAUAUGGCGUGCAAUUCAACAUGUCGCAACCAUGCAAGUGCAGCUUCUGCUGUGAAAUGGCACAAGAUGGUUAUAGAAAGAUCAGCUGUGUAUUCAAAACACUUCAGCAUACAUGGUUGUAGGGAUUCUUAAACUGUUUCGUUAGGCCUACCCAGGCAAGCGUUUUGGCUUAUUGCCUAGUAUGAAAUUUGAACUCGCAUGUACAACAGUGUUUGUAACUUGGCAAGAAGGCCACUAAAUUUAGUGAGCUUUUAGUCACCCCAAUGAUUGCAUUUGCCGAGCUCUAGCAAGUUCUUUAGUGAUGCAAAUAACCAGUAAAUUGCCCUGGUAAAAUUUUUUUAGACUUUGGCUAAUGUUGCUGCCUUGUCCCUAUGUCCCUAUUUUAUCUCAAGGGGGUUAUAUGCACUUCCAUUUGUCUCUACGUCUAGAUGUACUGCAGACCUUAUUAGUAAACUAUCUGGGUGCAUUGAAGCUUGUUGUAUAUGCAAAGUACACUCUUGAGAUUUGAUACCGUUUUAGAAAAUUGGAGUAGUUCACAUUUCUCAGAUUCUGACCCUUGAGUCACCACUACAGAAGGUGAUUUAAAGCUACAUUUCAAAAAGUAAGAGGAAGAUGUCCAGGUUCAUUGAAAACAUAAUUGACAAAAUUCGGAGAAAGUUAUCAUUAUCACCACCACUUGAUGACUUUUCGCUAAAAGAAUGUUUCAGACUGCGACCUAGUGACCUUGUCCCCCCCUCAAAAAAAAAAAAAAGUUUUACUAACACUGGUGUGCACGUGUUUUCAGCUAGACAAUUUUUUGCCGAUAAGCAGCUGCACAUAAUUCAGUGUUUCACUCAGUACAUGGAACAGUGUGUAUAAACAUGGUGUAAGAAGAGUUCAACUAAAAUUGUGCUCAUGCGUGUUUGUUCAACCAGUCAAAUUGAAGCGAAGCUGUGUUCCGAGAACACGGUGUCAGUGUCAAAAAACAGCUUUUUCAACGAACUGCUCACAUCAAAACAAAGGGCCUGUCUUGAAAUUUGCACUUGAAAGCUGGAGUGAUAUUAUGUUGCUCAGUUUAUCGGUAAGUGCCUGCACUCCCCUUACUUUAUUGGACAGUGCUGUAUGCCAUACAGUUUCGAUUUCUAAACAAUAACUUUACAGCAAACAUAUGACUCUCUUCUCGGAACUCACUAUAGCUGGCAUUGGAAAUGCACACGUAGGUUAAACAGCACACCAAAGCAAAGCAAUAGAAAAGUAAGAAAUGAAGCAACGAUUGACGAGCAAGCUAAACUGCUAUUGAAACUAUGCAUUGCUGAUAUGUUGGGUGCACGGUGCUUGCUGGAAAACUAAGUGCUCAAACAUCUCAUGUUGCUUCCUCAUUAUGUCUUGUCCCAUUUAUCAAAGAAUUUCAUGGACGCUGCUUCUAUUAGUAAUGACAUCUUUGAAGGGAACAGCAGAAAAGACACUACAAGUGACUGUCGCUUGUCCCGUCUUUCGCGUUAUGUAUUCCCUUCAAAGAUGUUGCCUUACCAGCUAGCUCAGAUUCAGACCUUAGUUCUAUUCAUAAGUAGGUGCACACUUGUACUACCUUGGUCAACCAUGAACAACCGUCGUCAUUGGCAAAUGUUUACAGGUCAUGGCAUUGAUGACAAUCGUGAAUUUGCUCAGUGGUGGCGCAGUGCUUUUAAUUUAUUAGAUCACCUUGCAGGUAGAAAAAACUACUCGAAGCUAAAACUUGAGUUCAAGGCUGUAUACUCAGGCUCUGUGUGAAUUUAGACUUUUAAUUUUUUCAAAAUUCUUCUGACCUGUAUACUUCUAUAGCCGACUGUACUUCCAAAAAAAGAAAUCUGCUCAGUAACAUUAUGGAUCCUCCGUUAUGAUAUCCACGGUUGUGUAGCUAUUGUUCAAACUAUGCAUCGGGCACUACAAAAUGAUCACUCAAAGUAAUACAAAAACACCGUACCUUACAUGUUGUCGAUGGGCACUCGGGAUGUUUGGUUUGUGUUUCUGGUGGUCAGUUGGGGCGAAUUUGGAACCUGAAUUUCUCAGCAUACGUUAUUCACAUUUUCUUGGCGCACCGUAUGUUGUGUAAAUGAAGGGAGCCAGGUAUAAAUGGCUCAUCUAGUUUGUAAAUUGCUGGCUCAUACACACCCAAAAUUCAUUUGAAGGUGGAAUCUCUUAGCGCAUUUUGGAUAAUACCAUGCAUGGGUACGGUACCCGUCCCUUUGUUCAGAAUAAGUUAGAUGUAAGCAGUCGUUUGUGGUGAUGUAAGGUGCACUUCACGAUAGCAGUGACAGGUGGCGCCACUGGCCAUAUUACUGAGGCCCUUACUGUCAAACCUGUUCAUAAUGGAGUCUCAUACAUUCCAAAAACUCCUUCGUAAUAUCCAAUGUUUGUUAAAAGCGUGCACACUGAUAUUUGCAAGGAAAAAAAUAACAUCGCGAUUGGCUCUAUGCAAAGUAAAUGCAAACGUGAUGCCUCCAACAGGCCAACGUAAGGCUCUCUCUAUCGGUUUUAUUGGCCUACAUCCGGCUUGUCGUGCCGAUACAUGGCACAUGUGCAACACCUAAUUACAAGGAUGCUUUGCACCGUUAAUAUUGUCCCCACUACUGCAGGUGACAUUUGUACUACCUUGGUCAACCAUGAACAACUGUCGUGCAGUCAAUAUAAAGCUGUGUGAUCACAAGGGAUGGCACGUUGACUUGCCGGCUGCAGUUCAGCCAAGCCAAGCCAUUGUCCAAAAUGGAUAUGCUCGUCCAGAAUGUGCCAUUUCAAGUUGCUCUUUCCGAGUAGCUGAAGUUUUCACUGCGAGAAUAUAAACUUUGAGAUGCGAGCAAGCAAAUAUUCAUUGUGUCAGAUCUUGCAUUCUUGAUUUGUUGUUGCAGUAGAACACUGAUAGAUAAUGACAUGGUUAACCAAACUUUAGAUUUACUGUGUUAUAUCUGAUAAUUCGUUACAUUCGUGUUCGCUGUAUUGAGGUACGACUGUACUUGUUCAUUUUCGCAUUGCCUCACACAAAAUUGACUUCUAAUUUACCAUGGAUGAAGCAAGCAGCUACUGCACCCAAAUGUGGUCGCAAGCAAAAUGCACUGUAAGAUGCCAUCUCUACGUGAAAUCCAGAUGUGAUAGAACCAGAAGUUUAGUUGGAAGUUAGAAGGGCCAUACAGCACCACAACAGAGGUGUGGAUUGUGAAUAUGAUCCAAUAUUUAUCACGUAGCACAAAUUGUGGGUGCCAGGUCUUUAACAUGCCAAAUGUGAGCAAUUAUGGUGAUAAAAACACUCCGAAAAGAAAGUUGGAAACAGGCAGAAACUGUGAACAAAGAUAUUGUUGCUUACACAUUACUAAAUCCUGAAUGUGCAUUAGGUGUCUGUGCAAACAUCCGUGGAAUAUGCAUGGCAUGAACAUUGCAUCGCUUGCCAAAUGUCUGUGUGCUUUAUCCAGAUACACUUCAAUAACAAAGUGUGGUCACAGAUUAUGAUCUUGUGCAGCAUGCUUCAGUCAGGAGAUAGGCUUUUUCAAUGACUAUAAUGUCUUAAUGGAUAUUGGUGACUGAUUGGGACUGUGCUCUUCAACGAAUGCAAAAGCUGAAAAUUAUCUUGACCAAUUGAAAGUGCCACUAAACGAUUAAGUUUUAUCUCUUGCCUUCCUUAUUCAAGUAUGCAUGAAACAUAGAGGUGCUCUCAUUGGCCGAAGAGGUCUACUACUUCGAUUACCACUGACGAGCAGCUGAAAAGCUGCGUUUGAUGAUCAGAGCUUUACCCCAAGAGCAACUAGACAGCGGGGAAGGCUGUCAACACAAAACCUCGAAGGCCAACUGCAAUGUGAUUUCGGAUCGUGUAAAAUGUCUAGUUUCAAAUAGUGCAGAUAUAUUGCAGCCUCUGUGUAAAACUUCAAGAUUGAAAUAUGAGUGAAUGCAUUACAAAAAGUUUGUAAAAAAAUUGUUUUUUAUACCAAAGCUGAAAGACCGGAAAAACACAAGUGCCAUUAUCACUGGCUAAAUAUGACACUGAACCUGGAAUGUUGAAAACUGGCAUGGGUGUCUCAACCUGACCUGUACAUGCUGAAAAUCUUGGAGGCCAUCUCCUGGGUUCUGCGUUGUGGUCGCUAAUCACCAGGUGAUUGCAUAAUCUGUUAAUCUGUCAACAUUCAGAGGCUGUUAAUGAGAAACAUUUGACAAUUACCAGCUGCGCAGCUUUGCCAAGAUUGUUUUGACAGCAUACACUAUUAGUUUAUAACCACUUUAUUUUCAUUGCAGUUUGCUAAUGAAACAUUGGAACUCAAAUAUAAUACGAGAAUCAGAUUUGAUCUGCCAAAAUCUAUUUACAGAGGCCUUGUAUAGCUAUACAUGAAAUGAUAUGGUAUUUUGAGCAAGUAUUGAAGGUUGAUUCAGUCCACUUUUACAAAGGCGAUCUGUGCACUAUGAGUGCGCAAAAUUCAAAGGCACUGAUUGGAUUGAACAUUGCACAAUUCUGACUGGUACUGCAUGUCCCGACGAGGUUGACGUAAUGCAAGUUGACUGCACGUGAAUAACAGUGCACGUUUCAGCCUGCUCUACGUCAUGGAAGUUGACCUCCGAAAGCUUUUGAGAACUGCUAUUUUUUCCUGCAUAUAUUGUCACGCCAAAGCACUUACGCCUGCCUAAGAAUGAUUUUCCGCACGAGCCGAAGCUGUUGUCCUUGCAAGAAAUUCAUGGCGGAUCAUUUUGCCUUAUCCAAAUUUUGUAAACAAGAUUUAAACAGUGGUAAUGCUUGCCUACAAACACCAAACGGUCACACGAGUCUGCAUAAACAGAGUGACAAUGCCAGUGGCAUGCUGCAAAUGCCAGUGGCAUUGUUUGCAUAGUCUUAUUUUCUUGAAACAAUAUAAAUUUUGAUGUAGUGGCAUUGUGUGGUAUGCCACUGCCAAGUAUACUGGCAUUGCAUAAUGCAGUACUAGUUACUUGCAUACUGUGUAAUGCCCUGGGUAUGUUUUGUGCUAUAUACGCUGUGCAACGCUUCCUCAUGUAAUAUGGAGCUCUACAGCAGCAUUAAGUGUACAUAUUUCACGCACACCUGCGAAAAACUUGCCUUGCCACGUACUGUUCUCCGAGAGAUCUUUGCAGGUGGCUUUCACGUGCGACUUAUUUUUCUUGGAACAGAGAUACUCUCGCGUAGAUUUGCACAAGUUUUUUCGUGCCUCACUCUUGGCGACUCGAGCGAUAUUGUGCUUACUUUAUCAAAUGUGGCCGAAGAAAAGAGCCCCACCUGUGUGUCGAAGACUACAGUCACUAUUCAGGCACAUCAGAUGAAAACAGAAACUCCCCUGUUCUAGUUUUUUACAUCUGUAAAGGACAAAUUCUCUUACAGUGUGCGAGUGUAAACGUGUGCGUAUAUGUUAUGUGUGUGUGUUUUAAGAAGCAACCCUUCCGAGUUGCAGUGCCACAAUCGCCGUACGUUGUACAGAAUGCGGCGUACAUCACUUCCAGAGUGCCAGCCGUGGAGAAGUAUUGUUUACAAUUUUUCCGAUUACCCUGUUGAAUGUGUUGUCACGUUUUGUUGUAUGUCGCAUGUUGUGUUAAUUUAAAACCUGCCUAUCCUUUUGUUAUGCUAUGAUAGUGUUACUUGACGAAACUGAGGCACGCUAUGGAGUGCUGGGAGCAAACAGAAUGUGGCUCCAAGACCUAAUAUUGAGCUUGCUGAAAGCCUUCCAAUCGUCCCACCUAAAUUGGGAUUCCUGGUCACUUCAUCCACAUAGUAAUACCAUUGCACUGUAGAGAACCAUAACUGUGUUUUGAUUACCUGCACAUAGCUGAGGCAGUGGCAGGAGUACUCAGAGCACACUAGCCACGAAAAAAAAAAAAAAUGGGGAGCUGUUCUUGAUGCUUAAGGCCUUAUCUAAAGGGUUUUUGCAGCAAAGAUGUGUAGGGGAGCUUUGAAAUGGCAUCAAGGUUUGGCGGUGUGGUCGAUAUCGAAAAUACACAGCCGCACUGUAUUGACUGUUGCAAUAAUUGAGAGUGCUAGGUACAUGCGCCUGCUCCUGCUAAGCCGCUCGCUCGUUCGCGCUCAAAGUUUGCAUAGAGGUAGCAUUUCGCAGCAAGUUUUGUUUAAUACCAUGUUUCCAGGCAUUAAUUACCAGUUUUGUCCGCAGUAAAUCUGGAAUGGGUGUCUGCAGUGACGCCUCUGAAGAUAUUUCUUUUAUGCUGCAGCAACGGAACAUUAGUGCCAUCUGUCACUACUGUGGUGAAAAUACAGUGUUCACCGUAACCGUGGCAGAUGGAGCCACCACUCCGUUGCAGUAAAAUCCGCACAUUUUGAGUGGCAUCGACACUCAGAAUGUGUGUUAGCAAGUCUUGGGUAGACCACGGGCAGCAGACCGCCAGGAUUUCUGAAGGGUGUGAGAACUGUGUGCACCUCGCUGUUUUUGAUGUAUGAAUUGCUUGGGCUUGCACACAUCUGUGAAGGUUUAUUGUUAUUAAUUACAACUCCUUGAGCAUGUUGUGUUGGCAGGUUGUUUGCCACACUGCCGGAACUUGACUCAUUUAUUGUUAUUUGCAAUGUAGUUGGCACUAAGUCUGUUCGAUUUGCGUGCACCACUCUGAACGAGCUCACGGCAGUGCAUGAUAAGUUUGAAAAUUGUGCUGCUCGAUUUCUGCGGUGCAUGCGUAACGAGACACUUGAAACGAAUGCCAAGGUGCAGACGCAGUGCAAGUGUUAUGUUUUAUCCGACUAAUGUGCUCCGAGUGCUUAAGUUUGAGGGUCCCGAACCACAGGUAUGAUCGGCUUCUGAGGCAUAAAUACACCCUUGAAGCGCAGGGUGUAUUUAUGCCUCGGAAGCCAAUCAUACCUGCUGUGUCUGUGACACAGAAGACACACGUAAGCGGGAUUUUAACAGUGCUUGGACCCGCGUGCUGGGUUGUUUGCUGUGCUGCUGCUAUGCACCUGUAAAUCUGCACCAAGUCGGCACCGAGCGAAGAGAGGGUACAGCGAAGUCGUGAAACGCCCCUGCAUCUUUUGAAACAAACAGCAUGCUUCAAGAGGACACCAUUACUGAACCACUAAAAUUAAUGAUUAGAGUGCAGCACUUCGUAAACUAGUUCAGGUGGUGCCGACGAAUCGAACAGACCUACCGUCUUCAUUAUAUCACGCUGAAAGUCACGUGUCACGCAAAAUCUCGCCACAUCUGUACACGCGCUCCCCAGCUUGGCAAUUUGCAUACCCAUAUACAUGCAAAACGCAGAAAAGAUCUCAUUAGACAGCUGCCAAACAGACAUGAAUGAAAUUUGCUGCAUUUAAGUGAGAAAAUGAAAUACUACUGGCCUUUGGAAGCAAAAUUUUAUACCCAGGGCUUUGAAUUUCUCAACAAAAGCUGCCAAAAACCUACUAUCGUUGGCAACAAACCACAAUCGGCAUUAAAAAAAAUGUAUGGUUUGCCAUCGCUUGUUCUGAGGCACACAGUUCCUUAAUUGCCCUCAUCUACAUUACACUACUUUAGUUGACCCUUCGCUAACUCAACUAGCCUACACCAAGAUGCUGUCACCUCACUUGCGACUUGUGAAACAGCACAUGGCUCUGACGAGUACUGAAUGAACAGUACAGCAGAUUUUAACUCUUGCAUACUGAUGCACUUAGUUUGAUAAUAUAGACGUAUACUCUGUGAUUAAACAUGCAUCUUUGUGCUACGAUAUUAAGACUUAUUUUCAUGGCACUCCACUUUUGUCUUGAAUGGGUAGGACCAUGCAGUGGCUUGCGAGUGAACCAAUCAACGCCGUCUUGAAAACAGUUGGUCACGAGAUGUUCGGUGCAUGAAAUGAUGUUGGAACCUAAUUUCAGAUCUUUUCAAUGAUGCCGGCAUUGCAAGACAGGCAAUGCGGCAGAAUAAGAAUGUUUCUGUUAAGUAAUUUUUCGCUGGAAGAAAAGAAACCUGCUGUUCGCAUCCAAUUUUCAUGCAGGCACUUUGCACUUGAAGUGGACACAGUCAUUUCUUUCUUUGUCUCAUCAUGUACAGGUUACUUAUCCUGUCAAGUUUUAUUAAAUAA